UCUGGACUUGCAGAAAUGAUGUUGUAUUUCAAAGAGAUAAUUUGUUUACUAACUUUGCUUGCAAUCAGCACCGUACCUGUCCCGUGUAUGUCAGGUAUUCCAGUAAUGACUUUGACCAGAGAUCCGACCUAUAGUGAAUUAUUACCGACACAUACGCGAUACCAGAUAACCUCUUUACAAAAUAUCAGUCUUAUGGACAGCGUUUUUGGGUGUUUGCUACGUUAUCCUUCAUGUGUUGGAAUCCUGCACAACGCUAACAUUCGCUUAUCUUUUCUUCUGAUGUGCUAUCUCAAUGAAAGAUCGGUAGGAAGGACAAGGAAAGUGCCUGGGUGGAUAUUUCUCUCUGACUUGAACGUUUGCCUUAAAGGAUGGGUACCUUUUUCUGGUCAUUGUUACCUUCACGUUAAAAACGAAACAGAUUGGAAGGAUGCAAAGGAUAUUUGCAACAGAAGUGAUGCCUACCUACUUCAGACAGAAACACAUGAGGAAGCCUUAUGGGUUACAGAGGCAUUUCUGCGACCUGUAAAUGUUGUUGAGUGUACUACUUGGGAUUCUUGUUCGAGUUGGAUAGGGGCAAACGACUUCAGCCAGGAGGGUUUGUAUUCCUGGAACCAUGGAUCCGAUCAAUUCAAUGCUACAUUUUGGUACCCUGACCAACCUAACAAUUAUGCCGGUGAUCAAGACUGUGCUGCUCUUACUCGUUCUGCGCAACUGAAUGACAAAGAAUGCUCUUUCAAGUACGAAUUCGUCUGUGAAAGAGACUUAUUCAUUUAAAUAAUUAAGAUUUCUCCACAGCAAAAACUCAAUGUAGAGAAAGCUAUUCCAUCAUCUCCAUGAUUUCCAUUGAGGUCGGUUUACUGUAUAACCAGAUAUGCA